AUGGGGUUCAACGCGGCCUCGAGAGAAGGCCACAAAGAGGUCGUCGAGAUGCUGCUCGAUAAGGGUGCCGAUGUUAAUGCACAAGGUGGAGACUACGGCACAGCGCUCCGGGCGGCCUCGGAAAAAGGCCACAAAGAGGUCUCGUUGAUCGAUUAG